AUGACGGCCUGUGCAAAGUUCAUGAAGGAAAUUCUUUCUAGCAAUAGAAAAUUAGAGGAAACAACAGUGGUCAAGCUAAAUACCCACUACAAUGCCAUAUUACAAAAUACAAUUCCCCAAAAGUGUGGGGACCCAGGUAGCUUCACCAUACCAUGCUCUUUGGGGAGUGAAAAAUUCGACAAGGCCCUUUAUGAUUUUGGUGCGUCGAUAAAUCUAAUGCCUCUGUCUAUAUUCAGGAAACUGGAAGUUGAGCUCGGAGUAAUCAGAUUAAUACCAGUGUCCCUGCAUCUGGCUAAUCAAACCACCAUUCUACCUGAGGGAAUCAUUGAGGAUAUUCUAGUGCGGGUGGACAAGUUUGUGUUCCCAGUGGACUUUAUUGUGGUGGAUAUGGAGGUGAACAAGGCGGUGCCUCUAAUUCUAGGGAGACUAUUCUUAUGUACAGGCAGAGUUAUCCUUGAUAUCUAUGAGGGGCAGCUUAUGCUCAGAGUGGGCAACGAAAAAGUGGUGUUCUAG